AUGGCUCCCGCCUUGAAGAAGUACGACUGGAUCCUAGCGAUCACCACCAUCGCCUUUAUCGCCUCGUCUGCAUCCAACGGUGCCAACGAUGUCGCCAACUCCUACGCCACGUCCGUGGCUGCGAGGACCUUGAAGAUGUGGCAGGCUGGUAUUCUGGCCUGCUUCACUGAGUUCCUCGGUGCUGUCGCUCUCGGAUCCCGAGUCACUGGAACCAUCAAGAGCGGUAUCUUCGCCCUCGACACCUUCAAGCCUGUACCCGGUACCCUCAUGCUCGCCAUGGGUUGCGCCGAGGUCGGAUCCGCCGUCUUCCUCACUGUCGCUACCAUCGCUGGUAUGCCCGUCUCGACCACCCAGACCGUCGUUGGUGCUCUCGCUGGUGCCGGUAUUGCUGCUCAGUCUCCUCUCAGCUGGGGCUGGAAGAAGGGAUCCAUCUCCCAGAUCGCGGCCUCAUGGGUCAUUGCGCCAUUCCUGUCUGCCGCCUUCGCUGCCGUCCUCUUCUUGACCAUCAAGUUCGGUGUCCACAACCGCAAGGACCCCUUCAAGUGGGCUAUGCGCCUAAUUCCCUUCUAUCUGGCUUUCACCGCUGGUGUCCUCGCCCUCUUCAUCAUCGACGAGCUGCCAAACGGCGAGUCUCUCGAGGAGAUGGGCGCUGGCAAGGCCUGCGGUAUCAUUCUCGGUGUCUUCUUCGGCAUGCUUGCCAUCGCUUACAUCUUCUUCAUCCCUUACUUCACCCGCCGCCUUGUCAAGGGCGACACCAGGCUGAGGGCGUGGCACAUUCCUCUUGGUCCCCUUCUCUAUCGCGAGAACCCUCCCAUCUACUUCCCCGGCAAGGGCGACCAGAUCGUCACCGACUACUACGCGAAGGCUGCCCCUGUCCCAAUCCAAGAGAACGAUGGACUCAAGGGCGAGAAGGCUGUUGGCCACUCCACCUCCCUCGACAACAAGUCUUCUGACAGCGACAACAUUGACGUCGAGGGUGGCCGCGGUCUCUCCCGUCCUCUUCCCCGCGAUGGCGCCGUUGCUCACAUUGUCCCUGCCACCCCUGAGCCUGAGGAGCGCUGGUUGAAGCCCGUCGAGCACCUCCCCGCCUACUCUCCCAAGAAGAUCGCCAACUGGACCAAGUUCAUUCUUCUCCAGGGUAUCUCCCGCGACGUCGUUACCCAGAAGGAUCUCGCCGAUGUCCACUCCCGCGCCAUCGUCUACGACAACCGCGUCGAGCAUCUCUGGACAUACGCCCAAGUUGCCUCCGCCAUGAUGAUGUCCAUUGCCCACGGUUCCAACGAUGUCGCCAACGCAGUCGGCCCCUGGGUCGGAUCCUACAACACCUACACCACCGGCGUCGUCACAAAAGAAGCCGACACCCCCAUUUGGAUCCUCGUCGUCGCGGGUCUCCUCCUCGGUCUCGGCUUCUGGUUCUACGGCUACCACAUUGUGCGCGCGCUCGGCAACAAGAUCACCCAAGUCUCGCCCACGCGUGGUUUCAGCAUGGAGCUCGGCGCCGCCAUUACCGUUCUCCUCGCCUCGCGUCUCGCUCUCCCCGUCUCCACAACGCAAUGUCUCACUGGCGCUACCAUUGGUGUUGCGCUCUGCAACUUCGAUCUCAAGGCCGUCAACUGGAAGCAGGUUGGCUUCAUCUUCUCCGGUUGGGUCAUCACCCUGCCAGGUGCUGGUCUUAUUUCCGGUCUGCUCAUGGUUAUGGCGCUUAACACGCCCCAUUUCUAG